GUAUUCGGCAUGUCCUGUGGAGCAGCCAUGUAGAGCGCUCCCCUGGGUGGGGCUGUGACUCAUUGCCCCAGCGUAGGUUCCAGGUCGGGAUGCGGAGCUGAGCUCCGAGCAGCCACGAGUUCUGGGUGGAACCCUGGAGCGAGCGAGGAGAGGAGAGGGGCCGGCGGCCCACUGCCGGAAUCGAGCGGCUCCCUCUACUGGCGAACUCGGGGAAUCACCAGGUGUUUCCGUGUAUCUGUGUGUCACCGUGUCACGAGGAGUGUCACAGGUGUGUCAACGAGUGUCGCUGGAAGUGCCAGCACGGGUAGAGGUGAGUGAAGGUGCCUGCUCAUGGAGCAGUGUGGGUGCGACAGUGCCAUGCGGGCCUGUCUCUGCAACCACAGAAUGUACACACACAACCGUAUCAUGGAAUACAAUUUACUUUGGGGCUGGAGGCGGAGGGGGAGUGAGGAGGGCGGCUCUAGGGCUGCAUAUUAUCUGAGAUUACCUCGUGAAGUGAUUAGGACGAAAGUCGGUUCCAGCUGAGACUCCUCACCAACCCCAUACCGAUGGGAGGAAUUCAGGACUGAAGAACAGUUCUUGGGAAGGCACUCUAUCCCCUAAAGGAACUGACGACCCAAGAAAGGGUUAACUUUGAGCCCUACAGUGGCUUCAAUCAUUGGCUCAGAGCACUGUCAAUCAGAGUUCUGGGGCGGGGUUCUCGGGCCGCCUGCGGACUGCCCAGGGCCCCUCGCUUGCCCCUAGACCCCCACAUCAUUUCACUUCUGGGCUGCGCCCACACCCCUAUCUUGGUGGAGACACCUUCCUGGGCCUGGAGGAAGAGCAGAUCCGGGCAUCCUGGCUUCCCCACUCACUCCAGCUGCCUGGCUUCCUGAUAGAUGGUGAUUAUUAUAUAAUAGACCUGCUGGACAGAACCGUGCCAGCGCUCGGAACACUUUGCCCCCUCCUCGAAGCGUGCCCCAAGGUCUGGCACCAGCCGCACCAGAGCCCGCUGCCCAGCUCUGCCGGCUCCCCCAGCACCACCUCCACCCCCGGGCGGGAGACCCCUGGGCCACCUUCCCCGGUGGACCUGGGGCCACGUCUUGGGAUGGGGCGGGCGCCAGGCUGGGAGUCGGGCGGGCGCCCAGCAGGUCUCAGUGUCGGCCUGCAGAGUUUGGCUUUACCAGCGCCUCGCCGGGAUUGUGGGACCCACCUGGCUCCUCGAACCUGAACUUGGAACUUGGGAGCCAAAAGAGGCACGGAUCUCUCUGGCCCAAGGGAAAAAUGGCACCCUUGGAUUGUGGACAACCCCCUGAACGAGGCAUAUCCUCAGUCCCAGCAGGGCCUAAAGCCUGCUCUGUGACUUCCAGAAACCGCUCUGUGAUGGACUUCCGGGGGCCUUAUUUUCUCCAUCUGUCAAGACCCAUAACCCCUUCUAAUUGCUAGGGUACUUGGAACUUGAAGUCCCAGAUGAGGAAAUGUUUUUACAAGAUGUAACUCUGAGAUUCUAACACACAAGGAAGCGGCUUGGUUCCUGCCUCCUGUUUCUCCCCGGCUAUUCCUCCAGUUCUCUGUAUCACAAAAGCCCUGGAACUGAGUGGGCCUAGACAAGAUUUCCAACAACAGCCUUUUCCUCAGAUCUCAAGGAUUGAGGCCCUGCCAUUUCCCAUCAGACCAACAUUUGGACCCUGGCCCUUCUCUGGGUCUGGGGAAGACAGAAUAGUUCAUGGCACAGAGACCUACAUCAGCGCUGUCUGUACAGCUCUUGGCCUCUCCCUGUGGAGUAUCCCGCUUCGCACAGUGGUUGCUGAGCCAGGCUGACUGUGCCCACCGCUGCUGGAUGGGGUUGGUGGCCACCCCUCCGGUCUCUCUGGAAGUCUUCCCUAGCGUCCCUCGGCCCAGCUCCUCCCAGAGCAGCAGUACCUGAGCCUCGUUGGAGACCAUGAAGAGGAGCCCUUGGGUCUGCUGCCCCUGUCCCCUCCUACCAGCCUCAGUUUCCCUCCCAUCCUUGCCCGGCCAAGGCCCUGGCAGAAGCCCCUCAGCGUUGCUUUCCUUUUCUUGCAUGCCACGGCAAUCUCAUAACUCGCUGCACUCCCGGGAAGACUCCCAUACCUGAGGGGGCCAGUCCUCCACAGGCCAUGCCCCAGAUGCACGCACAGGCAAGAAUACUCAGGCCCUAACACGCGGGAGUCCCAGAAGAAGGGGUGAUUUCCGCCUCCCACUUUAGUUACUCUGCCCCUCUGCAGUUGACUAAGCCAGCAAGAUCCAGCCAGGGCAUCCCCACUUCUGACCCGAGAGCCAGCUCCCCAUCCUGAAAAACCUGUCUGGGGGCCUGCCCUGAGGCUGUAGGACCCAAAGGGCAGGUUGGACAGGAUUCCCCUCCAGCCACUCCCACCCCAAGACAAAAUCAGCCACCCCAGGGGCCAGGCCUCACUUGCCUCAGGAAGCCUCAGCCUGCCAGCACCUGUCCCAGCUCCCAGCCCAGCUAUGGCAUCCCCGCUGCCCUUCCGGACCUUGCCCUUGAACCUGAUUCUGCUGACUGUCCUGGCCCUGGGGGCUGCAGACUUCAACAUCUCAAGCGUUUCUGGUCUGCUGUCCCCGGCACUGACGGAGAGCCUGCUAGUUGCUUUGCCCCCCUGUCACCUCACAGGGGGCAAUGCCACGCUGAUGGUCCGGAGAGCCAAUGACAGCAAAGUGGUGAAAUCCAGCUUCAUGGUGCCUCCGUGCCGUGGGCGCCGGGAGCUGGUGAGCGUGGUGGACAGUGGGGCUGGCUUCACCGUCACCCGGCUCAGUGCAUACCAGGUGACAAACCUCGCGCCAGGAACCAAAUACUACGUUUCCUACCUAGUGACGAAGGGGGCAUCCACUGAGUCCAGUAGAGAGAUCCCGAUGUCCACGCUUCCUCGGAGGAAGAUGGAAUCCAUUGGGCUGGGGAUGGCCCGGACGGGGGGCAUGGUAGUCAUCACGGUGCUGCUCUCUGUCGCCAUGUUCCUUCUGGUCGUGGGCUUCAUUAUCGCCCUGGCACUGGGCGCCCGAAAGUGAGGAGGCCCUCACCAGGCAGCAGGCCUCCAGAGGGCCCGCGACGCCAUCCAUGUCCCCAGCCCCCGGCUUUGCGCUCUGUGCCUGCCUCCUUUCCUGAAAACGCUGCCUGCUCCCAGACCUCAACCUGGAGGCUUUGGCCUUUUCAGUGCCUUCACCUCCCCUCCCUGCCCCCUCCCACUGGAGCCCUUUCCUCCCUCUGCCCCUCCCCCUUGUCCCCAGUGCCUCACCUUCUCCCCACACUUCCUGUCAUCCCCUCACCCCCACUCUUGUCAGAAUUGGCGCUCCUUCCACUUCACCUCUUUAAUCUCCCCCUCCCUCAACAAUUCACCCCUCCCGCAGUGAUGGAAGUCUCCAGAAUAAAGUCUCAUGCCGCCUCUGC